UGAACCCAACGCCACAAACACUAGAAAUACAAGUAAAUUUUGUUCGUUUACAACUUACAAGCUAAAAGCGCUCAUGCAUGUAAUUGUUGGAGCUCAGCUUGCCGGCUAACCUGUACCUAGUACCUGUUCCUGUACCACCUCAGAUUAUUGUCAGCCAAGUAUCCCUGAUUGAUGCUAUCUUUGCUGUGAGCUGAUCGUGUGUCUGCUAUGUCCUCCAAAGAGUUUAUUGCUUGUGUGGUGGGGCUCAGUUUUGAGCCAGGAGAGCCAUUCAAUUGGAAACCAGGCGUUGGAAAGUCUUGUCUGUGUCAUCGCUUCACUCAUCCUGGCCUGGACGAUUACAUCGACAGCCAUCCAUCAGUACUAGCAUUGCACGAGUUUGAGAGCCAUGUCAUCAACAGUGAUCAUUUCUUGUAUUGGGGGUCGCCCGAAGUAAAUUUCCGUACAACAGAUUCUCAUAAGUCUGUUACUCUGAAGGUACACAUUGUGGAGCAAACUGUGUUCUAUCAAGACGUUACUUGUCAGCCAUUCAAUGCAUCCACUAGGCCAGACCGACCCGAGUUCUACAAUAGACGCAUCUCUGGUCCAAUAGAAUCUCCAGGGAAACUAUCCUAUCAAUCGAGGGAUGAUAUUGUAUCGCCUGCAGACUACAACGCUGCCGUGUACCCCUCAGGCAUUUCUAAACUGACUUGUGGAUUUGUUGUGGUUGUGGAUGUGUCUCAGAAAGGUAUUGCAUUUGAGCAGCAGUUGAACAGAGCUGAGAAGGUUCUUGACCAUCUUACAAAGCACAAACGAAAGCUGGUCAUAGCUGCAACGAAGCGUGAUAAAGCGUUCGUUCCUUCUCUUGAUAAAGUCUACGAUAUGAAGAAGAAGUACAAAACCACUGUAGUAGAAGUGUCUGCUGAACAUAACCACAACGUCAAAGAGUGCUUCAGAGUUCUUGCCUACAAGGUGCUCAAGAGCUCUAAACUCUCCUCUCAAGUUCAAACGUAUCCAGAGGCUGCUCACAUUAGUUUGUUCUCAAAGGGUUCAGCCAAAAGAUCGUUUAUCUCGUUUAUCAAGAAGCGAAUCAACGACCCUGACGAGCGUAUUGGUGCCAUCGAGAGGAACGAAGAGUACAAGGACUGUGUGCUGGUGAUUGGCAAGUACGAGACAGACAAACUGUUCGCAAAGCAUGUGCUGGAGGUAUUUAACGGGAAGGUGGAUCUGUAUGCAGGAGCCAAGGACAACCCUGAGAUGAGGGAGGAGUUUCUGGAGGACUUUGUUGCACAGAGGGAAGACCUGGCUCUCUACACUACAGAGCUGAAAGAAUGGAUAGACGCACACAUAAAGGAACUAGACUCGGAUGACGAAGAAGAAAACAACACUUACGAUGAUCUCCCCAGUCCUCAUACCCCUCCCCACAUUGACGACUACCAGUUGUUCCAACGAACCUCCCCCCAUCCUAACCCUCCCUCCCCCUUGCCCCCCAGGCAUGCCCUCAUGGCCACACCACUGGACACAGAGGACAACAAUUCUUACUACUCUGCUAGUGAGGGCAGUGAAGGACCGGACUAUGUGAACUAUGACCCCAAUGAUCCAUCAGUGUGUCUCGAUACUCAAGAUGUCUCUCCAAUACAAAACACACCGUUGCAUAAUACAAGUAAAGUGAUCGCUGACCCUCCGCCCAUUUCACCUCGGCAGAGCAUCAAGAAUCAAGCAAAUGUCCUGGCCAGUUUGCUGGGCCACAAGUCACAAGACCUACCUCCACUAACUGGGUCACAUAAUUCCGAGCAAGCGCCCACCACUCCUACACUGUCCACUUCUCUUCAGCUGACCAAAACAGUACCCCCUCGUGAUAUAAACCCCCCACCACAAGUCACAGCACCCCCUCAUAAAGUGAAGAGCCCCCCACCACCAGCACCCCCUCGUGAAGUGAACCCCCCACCACAAGUCACAGCACCCCCUCGUGAAGUGAAGAGCCCCCCAUCACCAGCACCCCCUCGUGACAUGAAGAGCCCCCCACUAGUCAGCAUCAAGCCCACUGUCAAGCCCACCACUGGACCUAACUUAACUGUCACCAGUAUAAAGAGCAGAGCUCAAAACCUCAGUACACAACUCGGUCAUACACAGGUGGAAUCAUCAACCCCUCCCCCACCAGCACCCAAGCCGAAACCACCACGCUCUCCUGCUAUGCAACGACAACUAGAUAAUGCAGGUUUUGAUUUGUCUAAACAGAAGAGCAAAUCCGUGAGCUCUGAAAGUGAGAAUGGAGUUAGAACACCUCCGCCGGUUGCAACGCGAGUUAGUAGCCUCCCAAGAAACAGUAGCCUGACUGAUAGCGAUCAAGACUCGGCCCCAAACACUCCUAGAUUAACAAGACGACCGUCUAGAGUUGCCCCUCCUCCUCCGAUACGGAACAGCUCACCCCCUGUACCAGUUAGAGCUGCUCCUCCCCCUCCUAUGCAACCAUUGUCUGAGCUAACUCCUUCAAAACCAAAACCACUGUCACCACCUCCCCCUUCAAUAGACGAGACCAGUGAAGUGGACCCUGUACCCAAGCGUAGGCUGGACCAAAUUAGAGAAAAGAUAAGCAAGAGCAAGAGGAACGGUUACGAGACCAAUCAGAUAAAAGACAAACCAGAAACUAUUGUGAACGAGAACAUUUCAACCCAGUUAAAGGAACCACUUAACGAGGAGAAAAUUCGCAGAGAAAGCUAUCAAAAAACUCGGAUCAAGUCAGCCUCCGUAGAUCCUAUCUCCUCUGUAACUCCUCCAAUUGUACGGAAGAAAUACACCAAGCACAUAUUAAAGUCACAGAGCGAGGACCCUGGUCCCACUCCACCUCCGCCUGUGAAACAGUACCUGGCUCGCAUCAAUGUUGACCAACCAACGUGUGUCUCCCCACCUCCGCCACCUCUCCCACCCAGACCAAUGGAGGAUGAGGCUCCCCAGUUUCCACUUCUCCCACCUAGACCAAUGGAGGAGGAUGCUCCCCAGUUGCCACCUCUCCCACCCAGACCAAUGGAUUUAUUAGAUGAUGAGGCUCCCCAGUUGCCACCACGUACUGAAGAAAUGAUGGUCAUUGAAGAAGACAACAAAUCAAAGCCAAAGGGCCCUAAGAAGAACUAUACCAAUGUUGAUAUCACCACUGAUCGUGCGGACUCUAAUAUUACCAGCCCUAUCGGUGCUGGAAUACUCAAAAAUAUACGAUUUCGAUUGAAUCGAAAAGAGAAGUCUCCCUCAACAGACUCUGAGCCACUUACCUCCCCCGCUCACAAAACUUCUCCUUCUCGUAAGCCACUGUUAGGGCCUCUCCCCCCACCACCCCCUUCAUCCCGAGAGCUACCCCCCAUCCCAACCACCCCCCAGGCCCAGUUUGUGGUGAUGAAGAAUCGACCCCUUCCACAAGAACCAUUCCCGAAAGCUGAUAACUAUGACGACGAUGAGGGUCACGACUACGAAAUAUUUGAUUUCAACGAUGAUAUGCAACCAGUGCUUGUGAAGCCACAAUUGUCACUUGAUGCUGGUGUUGUACAUUCAACAAGAGGCAACAAAGAGCAAUGGUCGAUCCCAGCACCUCCAAAUCAGAGGAUAGACGUUACUCAGUCGUUGAAUAUCAAUACCACCUCAUCACUUAUUAAGAAGUCAAAAACUUUCAAUGGCAAUGAUAGACAACGUACGACAGCUACUUCCAAACAGUUCAAUGUUCCCAAAGGUGUGUGGCCGAUGUAUGUUGAUGGUUACGUGAACACUGAACAUCCACCAUCAGGAUUUGAGGUACAACAGAGUCUCUCCGCUGCCAUACAAUCAAGGCAUCUACCGCCCACACCCUUCGAGCAGCUGUCUGGAACAGACCAGACCUCAAAAACAAAAGAAACUCUGGACUAUGACUAUCCUUUCUGCAGAACUCUGCCAUUACGAGGAAAGAGUGGCACAAGCUGGGGUCCGCUGAGUCCAGCGAUAGGUAGUCAGAUUCCUGUCCCACCUCGAUUCCCCCGCCCACACACAACACAGGACCCUGGUGAUGAUGAAGAUGCUGAUGACUACAUUCAUAUGCAAACUCAGUUCGGCAACAUCGAGGGCAGUUACGUCAAUUCCGAGUCAUUGGAGAAAGUUCUUGCCCAGAUUCAACCUGAAAAUAUCACAGCUGAAAACCCACUGAGCCAGUACUCUCGCGAUGACAUGUACAUGAAUCUCCCCGGCGAUAGUCACAGCAUGUCUCUACCCCUCAUGCAGCAUGGAGCCUCCACUGUGAAGAAGGGACCAUCCGUGUUACCGAAACGUACUCGAGCUGCUUCUAACGUGGGUCCCACUCCACUGGUGGGGGAGCAGCGUCCCAGCUGGCCAUCCAAUUUGGAACCACCUGCUGAGGAAAGUGUCUUAGAAGAAGAUGGUCAACUUUAUGUGAACGUCAACGAUAGCCUCCCCUUGUCAGAGAAUGUGUUUGAAGGAGAUGGUGAACUUUAUGUGAAUGUCAAUGAUAGCCUACCCCAGUCCCUCUUUCAACAAAUUGGCCGAGGGUUGGUGUCACCUCCUCGCAGCAAGCAGCCAGUGAAUACACCAACUAUUAGCCUGCCGCCACGAAAUAUCAAGCGAGCAACCAAAGACAACAGUAGUUAAAGACAUUUUAUUUAUUUUUUAUAAUGUGUGUGUGUUUUGUAGACAGGAUAUGUAAUAUCAUUGCUGUUCAUUUUGUUGUCAAUUUAUUACUGUGAUCAAAUGUUGUUUCUUGUGCUGA